GUGCGGCUUCUCUUUAAAAUAACAUAACCUCAUAGCUUGUCUAUAUUGCGUUUAUGUCUUUCUCGGUGAAGGUCACUACGACGGUCGCCUCCACAGCAAUCGCUCUGAGUAUGGUGAUAUACUAUUGUGUUCGAUUUAAUGGAAAGUCAUCGCGACUGUCCGAGUCACAGCGCAGGGUUUCGAGCAGGUUACGGCAGAAGCUCCCUCUCAAUCUCAGUGAUUGGAGGGACCCGGGAGAGGUGGAAGACGGCGAGGCGAUUUGGGAAUCAUUGGAUCCAGUGCUUCAGAACUACGGACUGAAACAGUGGACUCAUACCGACAUGCAGAUACUGGAAUCACCGCAGACUAACUACCCGCUAGCUAGUGGAUUUGCUUACGUAGCACCGAGUCGCGGGUUGAAAAGCGGCCCUGGUACAGCUCAGAAACUCACAUGGUUUCAGUAUAUCAAUCCCGUGUUGAGGAUUGCUCGUACCACGGAAGGUCACGACGUCGCCAUUCGUGUCAUCGCCGUCAAUAAAGAUGGACAUGAACAGCUGAAAAUUCUCAAUAAGGUCGCCGCAGGCCCUCUUAGCCUGUUAAGCAACAAUCACAGUCUCCCUAUGCUUCGAGUUUUCGAAUAUGAAGACAUUACAUUCGGUAUCUUCCCUCGCACGGCCGGAUGCAUGUACCAAGCCUUUGACUCCUGGCCGAAGAAUUCAGUGGGAGACGUACUUGACAUGAUACUCCAGGCUUUGGAAGGUCUGGCAUUCAUUCAUGAUUUGGGCAUCGCGCAUCGUGAUGCGGACAAGUCGAAUUUCCUAGUUCAAUGGCACCCAGAGUCCUUACGGACCAUGAUGGUGGCUAUAUCCCGACCUCGAGUGUAUCUCAUCGAUUUUGAGGUUGCGGUGGAGUUCCCAUCAGAACUCCCUGUGGAGGCGCGGGUCUCGGUAGGUCCUCCUAGCGGUGGCACCAUCAACAUUGCAGACGGAUGGGGUCGACCAGUCCCACCUGAAGUCGAUUCAGGGAUGCCAUAUAGUCCGUUCAAACUGGAUGUGUGGCAGUUGGGAUAUAGCUUCAUCACUUUCAGGUCGACUGUCCCAGCCAUUGAUGAGGUCUUAGCUGAACUGGUCCUUGAUGAUCCCGUCGCUCGUCCUAGUGCGAGUGAAGCGUUAACCAAACUGACCUGAAGAACAUCCAACGGAAAUGCACGACUCAUAGUUCGUGUUUUCUAUCUGUGUUCAUCUGCUUCCCCAUCUUGCUCCGUUUGCCUUUGUUAUCGCACUCCGUCGAUGUUUUCGUUGUGGAUUGCUGUAUUUAUUUACCACUGGUAUUUAUUAGGUUGUCUCCUUCACAACGCGGGCUCUGUGUCUCGAACGUUGUUAUACCCCAAUAAUUCGACGCACCUACAAUCUUCCGGGUUCAGCUUAUUGCAUAAGAUACGAUACCACUCUUAUCUAUU